UUCACUGUCAGUCAGUUUGAUAUUGGCCAUGGCAGUGAGUGGACUGAAAACAGUUGCUUAUUUUAUCCUUCACCUUACAUUUGUAAUAGAUGCUCAGUACUCGGAUGAUUCGGAUUACAAAGAAUUAGAAUUUUACGAAGAGAUGCCAAUUGGCUACGCUGGAAAUUUCGAGAAUGAUAAUUUGAACAUCGUUCAGGAUGAUUACUACAUUUUAAAUGAUUUUGAGGACGCGGUUCCUCGAGGACGUAGAUGCGACGUUUGCCCUGAUGUGCACGAUGAUCUUGAUCUGCCUUUUAAAAUUAUCGACGACACCUCCAAAAAUGAAAGAACGCGCGACGCCCAGUUAAAUUGGUAUAGACCAGAAAGAAUAUAUCGAUACACUAAGCACAGAAUCCCCGGAUACGAUUACGAAGAGAUUGAUCAUGUGUUUGCAAGAAGUCCUAAACAAUGCGACGACAAAUCCAUCUGGACUCACUGUGUCUGCCCGUUCACGUGUUCAAAACCAGACGUAGUAGAUUGUUAUACGCCGUGCAGAAGUGGAUGCGAGUGCAAAGACGAAUAUGUUUUUGACGAGAAAACAAAAGGGUGCAUACUGCCAGAAGAAUGUCCCAAAGGUUAGGAUUACAUUGAUGUAUAACAACGUCUGUGUCCUCACUAAGUCACAGGUGGGACAACUAUCCGCCCUAAGUUUCAUUUUAGGGCAAAAAUUACAAAAUUUUACAAAGUAUUACGUGGAAAGAGAAUAAUGAAUAUAUAGAAAUACAAUUAUAGCCCAUAGUUCGAUAGGUUUUUAGCAUUACUAACACUUUGUACAACACAACAGAGUAUUGAGUUAACAUUUUAAUAAAGUCAUACGAAACUCUCAAACAG